UCAGUCUAGCAUGCCUCGCGUGGUCAAGUGCGGCGUGAAUCCUGAUGCAAAAUAUGUUGGCAGUCACGGAGGAAGGUGUUGGCAGUAAAGCCAUAGAGUAAUUUUUAUGUUACUCUAUAGAGUGGCGCUGCUGUCCGACGGUCCGACCGUCAUCCUUUAUCAUCCGCUAUCAAGGCUGCGUGGUUUGGUUUCGGUUGUCACUUAAUUUUGGCGAUUGAUACUUCAGACUCUUUACGAGUGACCCUCCUGCGUUUACUUGCUGUAGAGAACGCGCUGAAUCACAGAGUUUUAUUGAGGCUAGCCAGGUGCAGAAUGUCAGUUGCUCGCUAAGAUGGCGCUUGAACACUGUCUGGUCGAGUUCUUUGCUCUGCAAGCAAGGAGGGCUGGCAACGUGCUUACUGUAUCACGCAAUGAAACUAUCAAGAAUUACGAGAAGUGGACACCAAGCACACUGGUCAACUACAUGAACUGCAAGUACGAAGGCUCACUGGUACGUUUCUUCAGUGCCCACACAGACUGCUUCAUUUUCAUCAGCAAGAACAAGGUGCGUCUGCAGCCUCAUUUUGAUUCAGUGAGCCUACUGAUGAAUCCAAAGAACAUGGAUAUUGUCCAAUUCUUUCUGGACCUUCUACAGAAGAUAGGGGCUACAAAGGAGCGGCCGUGUUCAGCACACAUUCUGUCUAAGUAUGUAAAGUACAUGGACCAUGAUGCAAGAUUAUUCCUGCAUAAAAUGUAUGCCAACAGCCUCAACAUAUUUUUUACCCUUAACUUUCGCCAUUUUCAUGCAACAUCACCUGACAGAUGUUUUGUGUCUUUGAGACAGCCUGUUACAGCUUCAUACUGCGUUCCUGCGCACCUAAGGAAAUGUUUGCACAGAAGCAAUGCUUUCAACAGUGCAAGUGGGCUGAGCAUGGAACAGCUGCAGCACGAGGGAUCAGCAACUUGGCUUCCUGACCUCAGGCUGUACUUUAGUAAUGAAGCGAGAACUAAGCUCAAUGAUGUCCUGAACUCUUACCCAAACAUAUUCAAAUGGGAACCUUGCAAAAAAGUGUGGCUUCGCAAAAAGUAUGAUAAGUGGAAGGAUGCAUGGAGUGGCAUUGAGGAACUCUUACUCACUGUCCACUUCAUGGAACUGUUGAAAGACAUAGGUGCUAUGCAAUCAAACCCAAUAUGCUUCAACUACAUCCUCUGCUGCACAGAUUCUGUCCCUCAGGAGUGCUCAGCCUAUCUCACCACAGUUUUUCCAGGCAUUGACCUAAUCGAUUUGUUUCAUCUGCACCCCGACAAGUUUGACCUGUCUACCGUCAACUGUGUAUCACUGAAGUGUGGCAGUGAUGAGGUUGAAACGAAAAGAGGCCCAGAACUUCUGUCAGCCUACUACGCUGCCCAGCUGCUAAAGUAUGCCCCAGACCUGACACCUGAUAUCUUCAGUAUCUGUGCAAAGCAUGCUACUAAAGCAGUCAAGACCUAUUGUGCGUCUAGUGUUCCACACAGGCUUCACACAGUCCUUGAUUCUGGACGAGAGCUGCUCGCCAGUAAUACCAUUGAUUGCACAAAACCCAUCGACAUGAUCAAGUGCAUCUGUGGAACACCUGCUUCUAGAGCGACCAAGUGCAAUGUUUCACAAAAAUCCAAAACUUCAAGUUCAAAACUCCCUAUUUCUGUACCAGAAAAAGCUUGCACAAAGCUGCUUACCAAAGCAGAAGAAGCUCCCGUCUUGGCAAGUACCUCAAAAAUGGAGCCUAAUGUGCCAGAUAUGCAAACGCCGACAACAAGCUCACCAGUUUCUACUUGUGAUAGCCUAAUACUGCCAGAAACAGUGAAUCCACAGGACAGGUGGAUUAAACCAGAACAGAAGGAAAGGGCAGCUAUGCCUGGCACUUUAAUGAGGUCCCAUUCACUUGUAAUAUCCACAUCGUACAGUGCAAAUCACCAGUCACCUGGAGAAGACUACGUUCGAAAGCCUGUAUCUAUGAGAAGGUCAAAAUCUCUUGCAUGUUUGGAACUGAGCAACUCUGCUCAUCCAACUGCAUUGUUGGUAGCUAACAGUGCGCAAGCACAGAAAAAAUCAUCCAGUGCACAGCUUGAUGACAAUGCAACAGAGAUUUUAUGACAGUCAACUGCACUCGAGGCCAUCAAUAGCUCAGUAGAAUGCAGCAAACAAGAACUGAUUGUAAGGGCCAACGAGAAUGCUGAGACAACAAAUGUAGACAUUGACGAUUUCUCUGACUUGGACUAUGUGUACAGCAAGAUGGAGUCAGAGUUGUCAGAAUUUAUUAAGAAACGACUUCAAGCUAAUCCUACUCACUCUGAGAACUUCACAAGCCUGCAUGAAGCUGUGCAAAAAACUUUUGGAGCUGUGCGUAGUUACGAGAUCCACCUAGCUGUGCUCUACUGUGUGGGAACACUCAGUUUUGAUGGAAAGAAUGUACAUUACCACCCCAGUUAGCAAAGCAUUGCUUACUUAUGCUGGUCAGUGGGUAGCUUUUCAAGAUUACUCACAGUCAUUGAAAAGCAUUAAUUUAUUUUUAAAAAGCCAGGGCAACUCUUUUGUGAUUUUUGUGGUAUGAUAUUAAAAAGUGUGCUGUCAUUUCUUUUUGCUAAUAUAUUGGACAAAUGCAACGUGAAGGUUAAGUUUAGGAGGAGGAGAUAUUGACACUCGUUUACUUUUGUUGUUGUUGUUUUUUUUAUCUAGCACCGUGUGUACAGUGGUAGACAAACAAAGCAAGGCUUUUUUACAUAAUGCAGGAACCUGUUCACAGUUGCAGUGAAAAAAAAAAGGCACUAUAAAAAACAUCAUAUGUUUUCAUUUUUUUUAAAUACAGAGGUGCACAUUUUGGGGGGCUUUUGAUAUUGCUAGCCUUGGUGUGCAGGUCUUAGAAACACACUGGUUAGUGUGCAAAUAAAUAAACACAUUGAAGAGAUAA